AUGUUCUACCGACCUUGGAAGGCUCUGCCUCACGAUCCCAGCUUCCCUUCUGACCUGGAGGAACUGGGAUACCAUGUCCACGAAUCAAACGAAAUUCGCUCCAUCGAGAACCCCAACAACUACUUCAAGUUCUUCAUCAGCCGCAACCAGCGCUACAAUGAGCGCCAACGCUAUGCAAUGAACGAGGCCAGCGAGAAGAUAGUCCACGCCGGCCUCGAAGCCUUGGGCCUGAAGAAGACUCUGCUCCCACUCGGCACCACCUCCCCCACCACGCCCAACGUCCCCAUCUUCGUGUCAUCGGACAUCGAGGCCAAGUCGCGUGUCAUCGUCAUCAUCGGCGAGACGUACCAGGACCUCGGGAUCCUGGCCCACCGCGUGCUAGGCGGACUGGGCGGCGUGGCCAAGGGCAGCAUGAUCAGCGUGGUCUCGGCGCUGCAGAGACAGCCGUCGGGCCCCGGCGACGCCACCCCGCCGGGCUUCAUCCUCGCCAACACGGGCCAAUUCAUCUGGCACGCGGCGGUGCAACGCAGCCUGACCAUCGUGGGGGCCGAGGGCGCGCCCAUGCCGUCGGCGGUACACGCGGGCCUGAAGUGGCACGGCGAGGUCGGCAGGGACAGGGUCCCGGGCAGCGAGGACACACGGGCACACAUCAAGACCAUCUUCGAGGGCGUCGUGCCGGCGAUGGUCGACCCCGACGCCGCCAUCGAUGUCAUCGCUGUGGGCGACGGCGCGGAUGCCCUGGAGCAGUACCUCGACUGGAGCGAGACCUGGAAGAAGCUGACGGGCAGGAUCAACUGCUUGGCCAUCCUCGGCGGCUAUCAUUCCAUGGACGACCUGAAGUGCGAUGGCUUUCGGGAGUUUCUGCGCGAGAGAGCGCGCGCCUACGCAACCUCAUCGGAGCCCCUCGGCACGCCCCUCUCCGGCCCGGACGGCAACCCCCACACGGCGACUUUCACGCGGAUCGGCGCGCCCGUGUACAGCGGCGGAGAGCCGCACUUCGUGGAGACGCUGCUGGUCCACGCGCUGCCACACCUGGCGGGCUGGAUGCUCGAGGUAACGCGGGCGGGCAAGGAUAGCUACCGCAACCCCGACGUGGCCGUCCUCUACGCGGACCCGGCAGACGAGACCGCCCCGCUCGAGCCGGACUGGAGCAAGUGGCAGCAGGCGCCGCUGCACGAGCAGCCGCCCACGGACUUCGGGUUCGUCGCGCCCGAGGCCGACAUCAGCGGGGAGCUCGAGGAGGAGACGACGAAGAGGGCUGGCAGAAAACAAGACCAAGGGAAGAGAGAACGUCGUGGUUAUCGAUGA